CGAUUCGUGAGAGUCAAAGGGAGCCUGAAAACAAAAUGACAUCAAAGAUGUCUUUACCGUCAGGCUCUGCCGCUAUAAGCUCCUACAGAGAUCAACACUUCAAGGGAAAUCGAGUAGAGCAGGAGAGACUACUGUUGCAGAGCUCCACACUUUAUGUUGGCAAUCUUUCAUUUUAUACAACAGAGGAACAGAUACAUGAACUUUUCUCUAAAUGUGGAGAUGUCAAGAGGAUAAUUAUGGGUCUUGAUAAAGUUCAGAAAACUCCAUGUGGAUUCUGCUUUUUAGAAUAUUACUUGCGUGAAGAUGCUGCUAAUGCUUUGAGGUAUAUCAAUGGAACACGGCUUGAUGACCGCAUUGUGAGAACUGAUUGGGAUGCAGGUUUCAAAGAGGGUCGACAGUAUGGAAGAGGAAAGAGUGGAGGACAGGUGCGAGAUGAAUACAGAACAGAUUUUGAUGAAGGACGAGGAGGCUAUGGAAAGAUUGUAGCAGGACGUAUACGACCAAAACCAGAUCAGCAGUGAGUGAAAUGGAAAUUGGAUUAUUUGAGCUAGAUUGGAUGAUAAACUCCUGGUAUAUUACACCUGCACAUGACCAAGCUGGAUGAAUUUGACCAUGAAAAUGUGUUUUAAGAAGAUACGCUGGCAUAAAAAGACUAAAUUGGUUGUGUUUUAACAGCUGAACAUUUUCUACACAAAACAAAAAUCUCAUAUAUAUUACAUAUGGUCAGCAUAUUUCAUAUUCAUGUCAGUCCUUUGACAGAUAAUUUUUCAUGUUUUAAUUAUAAUUGCAUCACAUUCCACAGUGAUACACAUGCAAUUAUAUUCUCAUUGUACAUUUUCAUCUCCUUUUACACACAAUGGGAGGUCAUUUGUAAAUUGUAUUUCAGGUAAAUGUGUAUGUUUGAUAUGAAACUUUAUAUAAAUGUAUUUUAUGGUUGAAAGAUUUUGGAUGCAAAUGGAAUAAAAGUUAUGAUGUUUUG